CUUCCGCCGCCAGGGUAUUUAAGCCGGCCUCCUUAUCCAUACGUCACACGCUGCGGCGCUCGCAAAAUUAUUGGAGUCGCAAAGCCUCGGUAGGCAGACGUAAUGGAGCUGGGUCUUUUCACUAACCAUCCAAAAGCUACAUCCAGUCAAUGGGCUACAGCCACCUGCUUCACCAGCGUUUUCAGGUCACUGCACAGAGCAAGGAGCUUUCCUGCCGCAGGCGAGUGUCUCUUUCUCUCUCUCACAUGCGCUCAGAGUUGGCCGAGGAGAGACAGAGGCGAGCCGACACCAUGAGAACCUCAGCCUGGGUCCCCGCUCCUUCUCCUCUCGUCUGGGUGAUCUACACCAGCCUGCUGCUGGGAAACAUCAGGGCUCUGGUGAAUGAGAGCAAGAACAUGGGGGACAGGAAGGAUCCAGAGAGCACCAAGCAGAUCUGGACCGAGACUGUCCGUCCCUCUUCUCCCGUGCCUACACAUGAAACACACAAGCCGAAUACCAACGGAAUGGUGAAUUCCGACAGAACGACAUACGAUUGUGGUAAUAAAACCACUCAUUGUCGGGAGUACUACUGUUCUGUCUGUGAGGAAUUUGGCCUAGCAAGGAGUGAAUGCUACAAAGCUCUACAUGACCACGUUUGUUACCACCCUUUUAUAAGUGCCAUGAAUCAGUUUAACAACACAAACCUUUGUCAGUGGCAUAUGGUGCAAGAGCCUUACAACACCUUCACAGAGUGCACAGAGGAGAUCGCUGACUGUCUGCUGAUUCCAUGGCCUAAUCCUGAUGUGGAGAAGGUUUUUGUCGACAUUCACACCACAUUCUUUCAAGACUGUGCCGUGGAGGAGCUGAGGGACCCACCUCCCAGCAUCGUGUUUGCCCUGGUCAUGACGCCCAUCUGCCUCAUCCCUGCCAUGGUCAUCCUCGUUGUGCUGAAGACCAAGAAUGGAGACGGCAGGUCCUGACGUGUGGUCACUGUUGCUCACGCUGCUGCCCAUGCUGCUUUGGACACACACAUACACACACUUCUCCAACAUCAUCUCAAGCAGCUCAUCUCAUGCUCUGCUGUCUCCAUCCAUUCAGAUUGGAGUGAUGCCAAAUUAUGUUUUUUUUUUUUUUGUUUUUUUUUUUAACACAAUGCCUUGGACAUAAGGCUGCACAAUUAUUUGAUUUUCAGUUGUAAUAACAAUUUGAACUAAUGCAAUUAUAAUAAUUGUGCAGCCCACAACUUUUUCCCAAUGGUUAAUGUCACAUGAUUUUUAUAUUUAUAUCAUCCUCUUUGUGUGAUAGAUAGUGAAGCUUACCUCACUGGAAUGAUGUGCUUCUCAUGCACCAGGCAUGCUCACCAAUCAGAAGUGGCCCAACUUAAAGUGAACUCUGGAAUCUAGUUUUGACUAGAAAUUAUGUCUUCAGUGAUGUCAUUUGGGGUGAAUUGCACAUUGUUGAAGUGGACAGGAGAUGAAAACGGUCUCCAAUACUUGGCUGGCUUUAUGAUGUUUUUUCUAGAUUGAGUAUUUCAGAACGGGAACUACACAUUUAAGAAUCUGCCACUUACAUAUUUUAAACUAAUGUACAGGAUAGAGGUUGUCAGUCAAUUAUAUAUUCAUAUAAACAUUAUUUUCAAAGCACUUAAGUAAUUUUGGCAUCACUUUGAUGACAAAGGCCCCAAAGGCUUGCUGAGUGACAGGGCCAUUGUUUGUCCCAACUGAGAUACCCGCAGGAAAAAAAAAAAAAAAACACAAGACGAGGGCAUUGCAGCCAAUGAUGGUAUUAUAAAUAAUAAUAAUAAAUAAUAUGUAUUUUGAAAUGGUAAUAACUGGGAAAAGAGAAGUUUUUCUAGUCUCCAUUAGCCGACUGCUUACCUAACUGAUGAAUGUAGCAGGGAUAAGAAUAGUGGCCAGCAUCAUCUGAUAGGAAAAUCAGGGUGUGCUCUCCAACGAUAGGCCAGUCGCGUUGAGGAUGGCCCGAAUGGACUGCUCCGAUUAGCAGAGGAAGUGGGGGGUCAGGGUUGAGGACAAGCCUCAGCAGCACAAUGGCAAGAAAUGUUUUCCGGGCAUUGUCCCCUAAUGAGGGUUGCAAGGCUUGCGCCUGGCAGUACCCUCAGGAUUCCUCUCAUCUCUGGCACCCGGUUUGGUAUAUUUGUCCAUGCCGUAGAUAUAUUUUUAGAUAACAUAAUAAUGCAAUAACAAUGUAAUGGCAAUAUGCUGUUUUUGUAUGACAAUGAAAGCCAAUGAGAGUCUUUCAGUUUGAAUGACCAAAUAAAUAUUUACUCUUUGUGUA